AGAAAAUGGAUAUUGAAGAUAAGAAGCAACACAUAAGGAUCAUCAGGCAUGCCUGAAUGAUGCUAAAUUUGCCCUUCCAUGUCUGUGUAUCAAGCAUUACCCUUGCAGAUAUCCUGUUUGAGUCAGGAGUUAAGAGGAAAUCCUCCCUGCCUGUGAUCUAUGCCGCUUGAAUUUUCCUUGCUUCAAAGGUCCAAGAGACUCAUCAGAGAUUGAGAGAUAUAAUCAAUAGCGUAUUCUACAUAGUCAAUCAAUUAUCAGAGGAAGAAAUUGAGUAUGAUCUGAGCGAACAGACUCCUGAUGAGUCAAACCCUCUAUAUAAAUAUAUGAAAAUCUUCACCCUGCAAGAGUACACUGAGAGAAAGGACCAGGUCUUCCAGGUCGAACAGCACAUUCUUCGAGUGAUAAACUUUGAUUUUAGUAUUUUUGAUGCUAAAAAUUACCUUGAAACAAUCACAAAAAUAAACAUUGAAAUACCAGCAGAUGCAGAAUUUGCUCAGCUAAAACAGUUGUGCUUCGGGUUUGCUAAUGACUUUUUCAUGACAUUUCCACGCUGAUCCUUGCCAUCUAGGUCUAUUGCUGCAGGUUGUACCUACUGCUCCAUCCAAGCGAUCUUGUCCAACCUAGAUAGUUCUAAUCCUGACGUGAAUGUCAUCAAAUUCAAGGAAAGAUUGGCUGAAUUCCCAUUAAAAUUCCGUGCCAAAGAAGAAGACAUUGUUCAAGCUUGUCAGACAAUCUUAAAUAUUACGCAAGAGAAGCUUUAAAACUUCAAUUUCUUAAUAUUUU